AUGGCCUCUGCAAUGGAACAGUCGUUUCCUUCCUCGAAAGAGACAACUAAUUAUGCUCGGCUGUGCAGGCUUCUGGUGGAUGUCGGAUCACAUGUCUUGAGAAAGAUAUUCGACGAGAAGCGUCCACCAGGAAAUUUGGACACAGUUUUGUCAAGUCCUUCAGUGCAUUCCGUUCUGCAAAUACUUCGAAAGAAGAAAGUCCUUAGUUGUUUGCAAUGGCAAAAACUGUAUCCCGCCGUCAAAUCUUCAGUUUCAUCACAGCAUUUUGAUAUCAGUACCCUGAUGGUUCUGCUGCGCAAUCUUUGUGGUCUUAAUCCUCCGGCUACUGGCUGGGAUACACUUCCUCCUCCAGAUGACACAUCCCUUGAGGCAGAUAUCGUUCGCAUCAAGUGCUAUAGAAACACCGUUCAUAGUCAUGCUAGCAAGGCCUCGAUUGACGACGCAACCUUCAAUCAGUACUGGAAGGACAUCCAGGGUGCACUAGUGAGAACUGGAGGGGAAGGUUACCAUGGUGCUAUUGAUGACUUGAAAAGUCAAUGUAUUGACAGUGAUUUUGAGGAACACUACAAAAAGCUCCUUGAACAAUGGGUUCAAGAUGAGGCCAGCAUGACUGAAAAACUGGAUAAAAUGAUGAAAGAGUUCGGCGAGUUUGAUAGGAAGUUGGACGAAUUAAAGGAGGCCAUGGCGAAUGCCAAAAGGGAAAUAGGAGUUGAAGGUAUGCGAAAAGAUAUGAUUUUUGUAGUAAAGAUAAGGAGCAUAGGGAGGAUCGAUAGGCUCAAAUUUCCAUCAACUACAUGGCCUGGGCGUUUCUUUGUUCCAAAAACACUUGUCAAAUUCAAACCUUUGCAAAAGGUUACUGGAGGUGGGGCACUUUUUCUUCUCUCUUCUACCUGUCAAUGAAAGGAAGCCUUCGCCGAUGAACCAAGUCGCCUCUAAACUGACGACGUUUUCUUUUAAGGGAACGUAACAACACAAAUCAAAGAGAUACAUGGCCUCAAAUUUUGGGCUUCCUCUACUUUGUCAGGAGUCAGAAGAGUUUCAGACUGGGUAAACAUUUCAAUAAAUUUAAACCCUGCGAGAAGCCAUUCUUCACGUAAAAGAGAAGAGUGAACAAAUGAUUCAAUAUCUAAUAUCCAAUACUACUCCAAUUAAUACUUAAGAAGGUGCAAUCUGAUCGUCCCGGUGAGAGUAGUCUUGGUAGGGAUUGUUGUCAAAAGCAAUGAGUGACGUCUUCACAAUCUUAACGGAAGCUAUCACCAGGGUCAGGUAACUUGGAUGGACUACUCUCACCUGGACGGUCGGAAUACAAAUGUUACCACCGUCACUUUAAGGUAAAAGCCAUUUAAUGUACUAAAAUAAUUUGUUAAUCAAAGUUAAGACAGGCUCUGGAUUCUCUUUUCAGCUGUAACGGCAUAUACGAACGCAUUGAAGGAAUCAAUAAUAAGCCAAACUGAGUUCUGCCGUCUCGCUUCUCAAACCAAGAAAAAUGUGAGAACAGAUGACAUUUUCACUAAUGUUCUCAUUCAACAUGGAAGAAAACCCGUUGAAGACCAUAACAUGGAAAGAAAGAAGCAUCUUCGCCAGUACGGUCAAAUAAGAGGAAAACCAGUCGAGCAUUGCCAAGAAAUAUUCACUUCAGCCGAUGGCAAUGAGAAGAAUCCUCAAUCAAUUCUCCUCACUGGAAAGGCAGGCAUCGGUAAAACUCUCUUUUGUCAGAAGUUGAUACGAGAUUGGGCCGACGGCAAAUUAUUUCAGUUUCCCUCGGGAACAAACAUUCCUGACUUAAAGUUCGCAUACUUACUGACCUUUCGUCAGCUGAAUUUACUCGGAGACACUCCUGUCAACUUGAGAGGAGUCCUGAACCGAUCGUCAGUGUUAGAUGACCACUCAAACAUUGACGAUUCUUUGUUUGAGUACAUGGUUGGUCAUCCGGCAGAAGUUUUGAUCGUCAUCGACGGGUAUGACGAGUAUUUAAAGCAAGAUUUCAUCGCUAGCGAUUUGGAUGAGGAAUUUCCAAACAACGCCCGAGAGGAGAUGCCAGUAGCCGCACUGUGUGCCAAACUCAUCAAAGGAAGAAUCUUGAGAGGUUCCGUUGUCAUGGUAACGUCAAGACCCGAGGAAUCUGACAAAAUAAAAGAUGAAAUUGACUUUGAUCGAUACGUUGAAAUUACAGGAUUUUUUGAACCGCAGGUGAAGGAAUAUAUUGAGAAGUAUUUCAGGGGAAACGAGCGAUUGAAAAACACAGUACUGGACCACAUGACAAAGAACGCCAAUCUUGUCAGCUUCGCCCACAUUCCUGUGCUUUGUUUCCUGAUGUGUUUCUACUUUGAGUACAUUCUAACGGAAUCAACGAGCAGUGAUACCCUUCCUGUGAAAACAAGUGACCUUUACUAUGAAGUGGUAAACAUGUUUGUGAGAAAGCACAACAAAAAGAAGGGACUGUCUCACGAGGAAACUUUGGAUAAACUAUCAGAGCUUGCUGCCCUAUUGCUCCUGGAGAAGAAGUUUCUAUUCGCCAAAGAGGAUGUGAAAAUGUUUGGUCUAGAGGAAGUUGAAAGUUUGAGCUCAAGUGGUCUUCUUCACUGCGGCCCUCCUUUCAGAAAAUCUUUUUCUGAAACGACGAAAUAUUUUUGCUUCACCCACCUGACUCUCCAAGAAUACUUAGCGGCUCGUUGGUUUGUAAAGAGGAAAGAGAUUCCUCCUGAAAAUGUUUCAUCAGUGGUGCUACAAUACAUGUCCGGUAUUCUGUCAAAGCAGAAAGACCACACACUUAUGGAACAAAUACUUAAUGGAUUCAGCACUGAAUACUUUUUCAGGAGGAAGCUUCUAACAGCUUAUUGUCUGAUGGAGUAUGAAGACAAAGAGUUUGCCAAAUGUAUCGUAAAGAAGCGCUUCCAUGAAUUCUGUGAUCGCAAAGGCACAAUUGUUUUCAGGAAUGUGACUGAUACGGGUUGCACUACAGUAUCUUUUCUUUUGGAUAUUAUGAGUGAAUUGAAUGCAGAAGGAGAGUUGGGUAGGAAUAAUUCAAUCUGUGAGCAGCAGAAAGCAACAUACAGAGCAAUUUCGCUGGAUCUGAGUGGUAAUCAGAUCACUGAUGACGGUGUUUCCAGUCUAUGUCAGGUACUGCAGACCGCAACUAGUAAAUUACCAAAACUGGUUCUAAGUGGUAAUCAGAUCACAGAUGCUGGUGUUGUCAGUCUGUGUCACGCAUUACAGACAGAAACAUGUGGCAUAACCACACUCAAUUUGAGUUUCAAUCAGAUCACUGAUGCCGGAGUUGUCAGUCUGUGUCAAGCUUUACAAAAAGCUGUUUGUAAGGUGAAGACACUGGAUCUUAGUCUUAAUCAGAUCACUGAUGUCGGUGUUGACACUCUAUGUCAAGCCUUCCAGACAGAAACAUGUAAGGUAACUGCAGUGGAUUUGAGCUCUAAUCAGAUCACCGAUGUUGGCAAGGAGAGUCUCGCUAAUCUGUUGAAAAUUAACCCUGGCCGUUACCAUAUCGAUUGCUUUUAG